AUGUCCUCAUCACCAAACGAGUCAAAGGCUCUGUGUGACUACCUCGGAAUAGAGGAAGAGGUGGACUAUGGUAGCGAUACCAGUGUCCGCGGUGGCACAGGGACAACUUCCGGCUCACUGAUGCCUGAGGCACAACUUUCGAACACCCCAAAUCCGUUCGCUGAACGUGGAGGUGCGAGCGCGCCGCCAGCGCAGCAUGCAGCAUCUGGUUCUGAUGAGACUAUCAUCACGAACUCGCUCGAUGAGCAACAACAACUGCUUAUUCAAAGAGAAGAAAACGCUCAGCGUUAUGCACAGAUGACUGCAACCCUUGAACGCCAGCGUGAUUAUGUGUUCACCCCACCCAGUGUGGAGGAACGUCUGCGUCAAGCGGCCGGCCAAACAUUGGCAACGUGGGUCAUUGGCCAUGGGCCUAAGACUCCUGAGGAGGUGGUGAGCUGCCAGGCACUUCGUGAGAGGUACCUGGAGCCGCACCUAACGACUCAAAGUCAAUACAAGGCACGCCUUGACAUGCAAGCACGUGGUGCACCAGUUCCACCGAUGAAGGGUAUACCCAUUCUCCUGCUCGCAGACGAAACAGCGAGUGAAGAAGACGAUGCCUUUGUUCACUGGGUGCACUAUGUGCGUCGCCUCAGCAACAUUUUUGCUCUAAGGGCUAGUGCCCAUGCGGCGGAUGUGCGUCUCGAACGCAAGCUUCGGUAUGAUUAUGCCAAGCUUAAGGCCAGAGGCCAAUUGCGCACCGACACGCGCUAUGCUUCGGCUACUAAGGUAGCCGCGAGUGCUGGUCAGUCUGUGAACAACAACCCGCCAACCCGCACCACUAGUGGUGGUGAACGGCCUCGGCCUCGAGAUGACCAUGGCCACGAUGCUCAAAAGCCUCCAAAGCAUAUGGGCAGUCUUGCCGAAGGGAUACUGGUAUUGGCCCUGACGACGACGAGAGUAGUCUCUCGACAUGGAAUUGACGACACCCAUGCUCAUCGAGCAAAGUCGGUGGCGGCCGGUGUACCGGUGGAGGCCCACGAGAAAUUGGUUCUCGAAGUGAAGGGUCUUCAAGAGGCCUUGGGUAAGUCCCAGUGCAUGCUGGAUGCGAUGCAAAGCCGCCUUCAGGCGAUGGAGCAAGCUCAAACUCGGAGCGAGGCUCAGUUGGACUUGCUGAUUCGUCUACAGCAAUCCGGGGCAGUGCCCUUGUCGUCGGCGCAAGCGCCUCCAAGUUCACAUGGGAAGGAUCCCGGUACGGCUUAA